AUGGGGGCAUUUUUGGAUACACCAAACACUGAGAAGUACAACGAACAUGGUUCGGGUAAUGAUUUGCAAUACGGAGUGGCAAGUAUGCAAGGAUGGCGUAUGGAGAUGGAAGACGCACAUUGUGCGAUUACAGGCUUGGAGGGUGGCCUGUCUGAUUGGAGUUACUUUGCGGUAUUUGACGGGCAUGCUGGGGCGCUAGUUUCCGCGCAUAGCGCGGAACAUUUGCUGGACUCGAUUGUUGAGACGGAGGAGUUUAAAUCCGAGGAUGUGAUAAAGGGUAUACAUUCAGGUUUCCUGCGACUUGACCACAAAAUGCGUGAUCUGCUGGAGACGAGUAAAGACAAGUCUGGGUCAACAGCUGUUUGUGCAUUCAUAUCACCGAAACACAUUUAUAUCGCUAAUUGCGGUGACUCCAGGGCGGUACUGUGCAGCGCAGGAAGUCCUGUUUUUUCGACACGGGACCACAAACCCGUGUUGCCAGCUGAAAAAGAACGCAUCCAAGCAGCAGGUGGUAGCGUUAUGGUAGAACGUGUUAAUGGAUCAUUGGCUGUAUCACGUGCUCUCGGUGAUUACGAGUACAAAAACGUCGAAGGACGUGGACCAUGUGAGCAAUUAGUCUCACCAGAACCAGAGAUUUUCGUCCGAGAUCGGGACAUGGAGCACGACGAGUUUUUAGUACUCGCCUGUGACGGCAUUUGGGACGUUAUGACCAAUCAAGAUCUUUGUGAUUUUAUUUACUCCAGAUUAUUGCUGACUGACGACUUAGAGGCUGUUACUAACCAAGUUAUUGAUACUUGUCUUCACAAGGGUAGCCGAGACAAUAUGAGCAUAGUAUUGGUAACAUUUCCUGCGGCUCCCAAGCCAAGUAUCGAAGCACAAAAGAAGGAAGCCGAGUUAGAAAUGACCAUCGAAAGGAGAAUUAAAGAAAUCGUUGCACAGCAAGAGGGCAAAGACGGCUUCGAUUAUCUGGAACUGCUACGGAUUCUUGUUGAUCAAGAACUACCGAAUCUACCCCCUGGAGGCGGUCUGUCAGCAAAGCAACCACUUAUUGAACAAGUGUUUCGGGAAGUGUGCCCUGGCAGAGCGAAGAGCAUUGUCAAAACGCAGAGUUUCAAUCCGUUGGAAGUUAACAAAGCGAACCUUUGA